CUCCGUUAUUUAUUUCAGUUGUUAGACAACAAUGUGGCAGAGUGUUAUUAUUUUCAGUUGCCUUUUAUGGGUGCUGACUGAGGCAGGAGCGCCUUGUGGCCUCCAGUUGGAGUGUGUGCCCCAAGGGCUUUGUAAGCCAGAUUCCUGGAACCCAAAUGCUGAAAUUACGCAAACCUAUUGCCAGAGAUGGGAAACCUGCUGUCAAAGUUCUCAAGUGCUACAUGUGGGCGCCCCAGUAAACUGUGGACACAGUAACCCUAAUGGCCUGGACAAUACCACUCGGACCUUUGUUGACCAGGCCAAACCGAAUGAAUUCCCUUGGAUUGUGGCGCUGAUGAAACAAAAAGUGCAUUUCUUUGGGGCCGGAACUCUGGUAACCGAAAAUGUUGUGGUCACGGCUGCCCACUUGGUACACGACAAGUCGGUGAAUGAUUUUGUGAUUGCCGGGGGUGCCUGGGACCUACACGAACUGUUUAGAUCCACGGUUGUCACUCGAGCUCCGGCCAGGAUUAUAUCGCAUCCAGAAUUUAGUACUAUUACCGGUGCAAACAACAUAGCUUUGAUCAUACUCGACGUUUCGUUUGAGAUGAAACCCCACAUUGGCACCAUUUGCUGGCCCAAUUCGGAGGUCUCUUUGCAGCAGGAACGCUGCGUGGUGGCCGGUUGGGGUGUUAAGUUAUCCGUUUUAAGUUAUCCGUUCCGACAGAAGAAAAUAGAUUUGCCCUUGUUGAACAAGGAUAUAUGCGAGGACCGAUUGCGGAGGAUGCUGGGAAGGAGUUACCUACUGAACCCCACCAUGCUAUGUGCGGGCGGAGAGCGGGGUCGCGAUGCCUGCCGCGGCGACGGUGGAUCCCCGCUAAUGUGUCCCGUACCCGGACACCCCACGACCUUUGAGUUCGUCGGCAUAGUCAACAGCGGCAUAUCCUGCGGACAGGAAAAUGUUCCCGGUCUCUAUACGAAUGUUAGGCAAAUGAAACCCUGGAUCGACAGACACCUUAAUGAGGAACUCAACAAGCCGUAUAAGACCUUUCCCAUAUACGAUAUAGUCUACGAUUAAAAUUAGGGGCACAUCUUAAAAGUUAUAGUAAAUUAUUAUUAUAUGAUUUUAAGUCCCUUACUCCAAUGAAAAUAAAGAAUUCGAUUUAAAAAUAA